AGCCUGGCUGUCAUCAAUGACUGUCACCUACACAGCCAGAGUAGCAAAUGCCCGUUUCUGUGGCUUCUCCAAGCUGCUUUUGGCCUGGAAAGGCAGCAUCUACAAGGUGCUGUAUAAAGAGUUCCUGGCUUUCUUUGCCAUGUACACCGCCAUCAGCAUCACUUACAGAUUUGUCCUGCAUGAUGAUCAGAAGAGGUAUUUUGAAAAGCUGGCAAUUUAUUGCAACCACUAUGCCAGUCUCAUCCCCAUGUCCUUUGUACUGGGUUUCUAUGUGACCCUGGUGGUGAACCGCUGGUGGAGUCAGUACACCAGCAUCCCGCUCCCUGACAGGCUCAUGUGCGUCCUGUCGGGGGGCCUGCAGGGCAGCGAUGAGCGAGGCCGCCUGCUGAGACGGACCAUGAUGCGUUAUGCCAGUCUGUCGGCCCUGCUCAUCCUCCGCUCCGUCAGCACGGCCGUGUUCAAACGUUUCCCCACCAUGGACCAUGUGGUGGAGGCUGGAUUCAUGUCAAGAGAGGAACGAAAGAAGUUUGAGGGUCUCCACUCUCCUUAUAACAAAUUCUGGAUCCCCUGCGUUUGGUUCACCAACCUGGCGGCUGUGGCCCGCUGCGAGGGCAGGAUCAAAGACGAUCACACACUCACACUACUGCUGGAGGAGCUGAAUGCGUUCAGAGGGAAGUGCAGCAUGCUGUUUCAUUACGACAUGAUCAGCGUUCCCCUAGUCUACACUCAGGUGGUGACUUUGGCGGUGUACAGUUUUUUCCUGGUGUGUUUGAUUGGUCGCCAGUUCCUGGACCCCAAUCAAGGCUAUCCAGGUCAUGACCUCGACCUCUACGUGCCCAUCUUCACCCUGCUGCAGUUCUUCUUUUAUGCCGGGUGGCUCAAGGUUGCAGAACAGCUCAUCAACCCGUUUGGAGAAGAUGAUGAUGACUUUGAGACCAACUGGCUGAUAGACAGAAAUUUCCAGGUGUCUAUGAUGGCAGUGGAUGAAAUGUAUGGGGAUCUGCCGAUGAUGGAGAGAGAUCGCUACUGGGAUGACUCCAACCCCAGACCCCCUUACACCGCCGCCACUCUCUUUGUCCUCCGCAAACCUUCCUUCCAGGGGUCCACUUUCGACAUGGCGAUCCCUAAAGAGGAGAUGCACUUUCAGCCUCUGGAGGACAUUGCCGAGAACCAGGAGGAGUCAGGCACUUAUCACCCCAACAUGGCUCUCUUCAACCGCCUACUCAACGUUGCUCCUUCCCCCAGUGGCUUCAUGGAAGGGGCUUUUCGCCGCACCUCAGCACAACUCCAGAGGCUACGCCACUCCCCCAGUAUUGACCAAUGCACCAGCGAUGAUGAUGACGACGAUGAAAGUGGUAAAAUAGGAAAAGGCGGGUCGCUGCCGUCAGGCCUGGGGCAGGAAACCCAGAGCACCUUGUGCAGUUUCAGGGAGGAGAAGAGCACGAGAACGCCUCUGCUGGAGAUUCAGUUUGAGGCGGAGCAGGAGAGGCGAGGGCACCCUGCCAUCAAUGAGAAGAAGGAGUUGAGUGGAGUGGAGGGGAAGAGUGAUGAAGAGUGGGAGAUGAGGGAGGAAAGAGGGGAAGUAGAGAGUUCAAGGGGGGAAAUCCAAGCUCCUGCGUGUUUGCCUCCUCCUCCCCCCUGGUCCUCAAAGGAGACGUCCACUCGAUCAGUCUCCGCCCUUCCCUUCACUUCCCCUCACCGCUCUGCCUUCCUGUUUCAACCUGCUGCCGACUCCAGUCUGGAGCACUGCAGCUCCCAGCCGGCCAUCAACCAGAACAGAGCUGUGCCAGCCAUUCCCAAACCUCCCUUAGGAGUGAACAAAAAGUCCUUCCUCACUGUGCCGUCUUACAACGAACCGCAGCGUUUUCGCAGUGUGAGCAUGGGAUCAGAGCUCACUGGGUCUUAAGGUAGACAAUGAGUUGUGAUGUUCCCGUGAACGUUUGGCUGUUUGAAACCAUAAAGCUUGAUUCAAUGCACGUUUUCAUGAGUGAAAUUAGUCAUAGAUAUCAAAUUGUGCUUCCACUUUUACUUUGAAUCUGCAGCACUUUUGGAGCAGAGAGGUAUCAGCUUUUGGAAAUAAAAAAAUGAAAAAUAGUUAAAGAUACACGCACAAAUUCUGUUAUAUCAAAGCAAUAGCUUCUCAUAUUUCCAAUAUAUCUCCCACCUCACUGAUGAAGUCGGAAAGUCAACUGUGAACUGUACUACAUUUCUGGGACCUGGGAGGAAAGUUUGGUAUUUAAAGACGCUUUUGGGUGUUUCUUUUUGUUUUGUUCUGUGUUUGUUAAAUACAGAAGAUGAUACAACACAAUGAGACAGCUUUGGAGUUGUGCUAAGCUAGGCUAAACAGCUCACAGCUACAUGUGUACAAAGGAUAUGAAAAUGAGACCAAUGCUUCUCAAAAUCAAAUCACACAAAGAGAAAGAAAUCUGGUUAUCUGCACAUUAUAUUGUAGAAUAUCAAUGUAUUGCCUGUUCCUACUGAAGUCUGUACUAGUGUUUAGCAUUAACCAAAGUGUGGACUGAAACAUUGCUGCUGAAAUGGAGACAACAUGGGUUAAAGUUUUCUUUGUUCACUUUAUUUUCUUUGAUUAUUAAAAUAUAACUGUAAAUAGAUAUUAUAGCUACAUUCUACUGCAUUAUCUGUUGUGUUUUCAAACUUAAUUUAAACAAAUACUGAAUUAAAUGAAUGAGAUAACAAACGUUUUACAUUAUUGACAAAAUGAAAAGUCAUUAUUAGUGUUUGGCAUCAUUUCUAAAGGAACUUGUAUCUUACAUGCA